AAAGGAUCCUAAAGCGGAUCCAAUCAUGGAGUUCGGCGGCGCGAUGUUCCCGACGAUGUCGCCGCGAAUAAGUGAGCUCUACGGGGCCAGUAACGGUGCGUUCCGUGUAGGAGAGGCGGAUGCUUACGCUCAGGACCUAGACGAGCUCGAGCGUGAAGAGCGAGCGCUGGAAAAUAUGGUUCAGGAGCUGGUGAACCGAAAAGCCGCAGUUCCUAUUGGCGCCAAAUUUCACCGUGAAGGCACCGGCAACGUGGCGCAGCAGGUGGCGACAGGUGCUGACAGUUUUAGAGACAGCGAUGUGCCUCUGGGUCCGGAUACUCAGUUCGUACGGUCGAGCUCGUCUGAAGAAGAGCUUGAAGAAGAAAUGGACGAAGACGAAAUGAUGGACGAGGACGACUCCGAAGAGGAGACGACAGGUAGGGCGACCAUUGUGCGGGUAGAAAGACAGCAGAGAGACGAAGACCCGUUCACCCGGGGUAUCGAUUCAGGAGAUGACUCAAUGGAGAUGGAGGAGGAGCUGCUACCUCCAAGCGACUGGCAUUAACAUAUUGCAAACAGUAUCCAUGGGCUGUAGCUUGCUGCUGCAUCACGUUCUUAUUAACGGAAGCAUUCUAGUUUUUAAAAGGCUGGCUUAUCAUAUCACUAGACGUUGGUGAAGUUGUUUUGCUUCCACACUAGGUAAAAAAAGGCUGUACUUUUGUUUGUUGCUCUA